AUGGAGGCUUUUUCCAAAGACUGGGCCGACUUUACAGCCGAUGAUGAGCGCUUGUUGCCGGUCACAGUCUCGUGGUCUGCUUCGCACAACGACGCCGAAAGCUCCGAACGAGGAAGUUAUGAAGAUGGGGGAUAUGACGAAGGUAGCAAUCUCCUCUUCGAGCUCGAUAACGUCGGUCGUGAUACUGGCAGCGGCCUUUUCGGCGGGAGCUUCAGCGACCAAACCACCCACGCGCCGUCUCUCAGUCAGAGUAAUUCUUUCCUAAAUGACCAAGGAGGUAGCCUUCGUAUCCCCUCUGAGGUUCUCCCCAACGACCACAGCUAUUCUAGUCACGACGAGAUCGCUUCUCCGAAUGACGAUCCUCAUGCGGGCCAGGACAAUGGUGAUCUAGUUCAAUAUCUGUUGAGUGAGGGAGAUGUUGACCAUGCGCGUGCCGUUACUGGCACCUCAACGGGCAGCGAUCAGAACAACGGUUCCAACGCAUCUCUCGACGGGGUUUCUUUGGUCGAUGAACUGGUUUCCAUUUGGGGUGGUUACGCUUUACCGAGCCUCAACACCGGCAGAGCCCUCAACACCGACAACACCAUCAAAACGCACAACACCACCUCUAUCAACACCAACAGCACCAUUUACAUCAGCAACACCAUUAGCACCAGCAAUACCAUUAACACCGGAAUUACCAUCGAUGAUGACGAAAUCUUUGUGCCCACCGAUAACGGCAACUUCGGUGCCGAUUACAACGAGUUGUCUAUCGGCGGUGAGGAGAUCACUCAGCAACUCAAGCCAGACAACCUCGCUAGCGUUCCUUCCGAUGGAUACGAUCAUUUCGCCGACGAACAAUUCCUUGAUAUGCCCUCUGACUUCCAGCUUCCUUCCAACGGCCUGGAAGUGGGUUCAAGGCCAGAAGCGCCUGGUUCCGAUAUCCAGAACCCGCUGGAGAUCGCUGACGACGAAGUUGAGCAUGGCUUUCAUGGCCCGCACGUUUCCGGUACACCUGCGUACAGAAACAUUUCAUCAACCACAGCCACGGUGCAGGAAUCCCAGACUUUCGACUCUCACGACACGGAGGCACAAGUCUACGUAUCUUAUGCCGAAGUUGAGCUCAUCAUCCCUGCUCCCCGAAAAGCCAUCAGUCCUCAGCCGGGAACCAGCAAGUGCUUUGAGUGCCUGGCUAACAGGACUAGUCAGGAGUUCAAGAAACUAGUCCUCUGGCGGCUGCAGCGGGGCCUUUACUCAUGCACCGGCUGUUAUGUCGGUGCUGGACCGAUCCCGAACGUCUUGGAUGAGAGGUGUCGCGAGAAGCAGAGGGAACGAAGGAGAAGGGUCGCCGCCGAGGCUAAUGGCGAGAUCUAUGUGCCUGGUGGCGGUCAAGAAGAUGUUGAAGCUGGAUUUGGGACCGCCGCCUCGGAGGCCCAGUCCACCCCUUCUUUGCCCAAGAGAGACGCUUCGGCUAUGGCGGGCGGUAGUGAUGUCGUUGAAGGCACGGCCAAGAAAGCCCGCCUCACAAAAAAGGUGGCUGACGAGACUUCGGAGCCGAUUCAAAGGCCUGGAAGCCCCAAGAGGAAGAUGAAAGGAUGGGGGCAGCCUCCUGCUGAGCUAUGA